GAGCAGCUGGAGCUGCAGCAGCAGUACAGCCGUGUCAACGUCCGCUGGGAUGCCUCCGACGAUGAGCUGGACAACGACAACAGCUCAGCGCGCCUCUUCGAGCGCUCCCGCAUCAAAGCCCUGGCAGAUGAGCGGGAAGCCGUGCAGAAGAAAACCUUCACCAAGUGGGUGAAUUCACACUUGGCUCGUGUCACCUGCCGCAUCUCGGACCUCUACAUGGACCUCCGGGACGGGCGGGUGCUCAUCAAGCUGCUGGAGGUGCUGUCAGGAGAGCUUCUGCCCAAGCCCACCAAGGGCCGGAUGCGGAUCCACUGCCUGGAGAAUGUGGACAAGGCCCUGCAGUUCUUGAAGGAGCAGCGGGUGCACCUGGAGAACAUGGGCUCCCAUGACAUUGUGGAUGGCAACCACCGCCUUGUGCUCGGCCUCAUCUGGACCAUCAUCCUCCGCUUCCAGAUCCAGGACAUCGUUGUGCCAGCACAAGAGGGCCAGGAGACGCGCUCUGCCAGGGAUGCGCUGCUACUCUGGUGUCAGAUGAAGACGGCAGGAUAUCCCCACGUGAACGUCACCAACUUCACCUCGAGCUGGAAGGAUGGGCUGGCUUUCAACGCCCUCAUCCACAAGCACAGGCCUGAGUUGGUUGACUUCCAAAACCUGACCAAAUCCAACGCCCGGCACAACCUGGAGCAUGCGUUCAGUGUGGCGGAGCGGCACCUGGGCAUCACCCCGCUCCUUGACCCUGAAGAUGUGUUCACGGAGAACCCCGACGAGAAGUCCAUCAUCACCUACGUGGUGGCCUUCUACCACUACUUCUCCAAGAUGAAGGUGCUGGAGGUGGAGGGCAGGCGUCUGGGCAAGGUCAUUGAGCACGCCAAGGAGACGGAGCGGAUGAUCAAGCACUAUGGGGUACUGGCCUCCAACCUGCUCACCUGGAUUGAGCAGACCAUUGCCUCCCUUGACAGCCGCAGCUUUGCCAACUCACUGAGUGGGGUGCAGCACCAGCUGCAAGCCUUCAGCACCUACCGCACCGUGGAGAAGCCCCCCAAGUUUCAGGAGAAGGGCAACCUGGAGGUGCUGCUCUUCACCAUCCAGUCGCGGAUGCGAGCCAACAACCAGCGUGUCUACACCCCGCACGAGGGGCGCCUGGUCUCCGACAUCAACCGGGCCUGGGAGCAGCUGGAGAAAGCAGAACAUGAGCGGGAGCUGGCGCUGCGCACCGAGCUCAUCCGGCAGGAGAAGCUGGAGCAGCUGGCGCGGCGCUUCGACCGCAAAGCGGCCAUGAGGGAGGCCUGGCUGAACGAGAACCAGCGCCUGGUGGCCCAGGACAACUUCGGCCAGGACCUGCCAGCAGUGGAGGCAGCUAAGAAGAAGCACGAGGCCAUUGAAACGGACACGGCUGCCUACAAGGAGCGGGUGCAGGCCAUCGAGGCGGUGGCAAAGGAGCUGGAGGUGGAGGGCUACCACGACAUCCAGCGCAUCAACAGGCGCAAGGACAAUAUCCUGCGGCUCUGGGAGCAGCUCCUGGAGCUGCUGGCCGCCCGGCGUCAGCGCCUGGAGAUGAACCUCACCCUGCAGCAGCUCUUCCAAGAGAUGCUCCACAGCAUCGACUGGAUGGACGAGGUCAAGGUGCAGCUGGCGUCUCCCGAAUCUGGGAAGCACCUUCUGGAGGUGUGGGACCGGUUCAGGGAGCUGGCAUCCAAGCGUCACCGGGCGGUGGGCUCGGCGCUGCGCCUCCUCAACUACCGUCUGGAGUGCGAGGAGACCCGGCAAUGGCUGCAGAGCAAAACGCGGGCGGUUCAGGCCACAGCUGAGCUGGGCCAGGACCUGGCUGGCAUCCUGGCUACCCAACGCAAGCUCUACGGCAUCGAGCGGGAGCUGGUGGUCGCCGAGGACCGCCUGGCCGCCCUGCGCUCCCAGGCUGAGCGCCUGGUCGUGGAGCGGCCCGAGGCGGCCGGGGAGGUGGCUGAGUGGCUGGCGGCCGCGGUGGCCGCCUGGGAGGAGCUGCAGGAGGCCCUAGGGGAGCAGGCAGCCUCCCUGGGGGAAGCCGGGCAGCUCCGGCGCUUCCUGCAGGACCUGGAUGACUUCCAGGCAUGGCUCUUCGGCGCUCAGAAAGCCGUGGCGGCCGCCGAUGAGCUGCCGGCUUCUUUGGCUGAGGCGGAGGAGCUGCUGCGGCGGCACGAGGCUGCCCGGCAAGACGUGGAAGGGCACGCGGCCGCCUUCGCCGAUUUGGUGGAGGCGGGAGAGCGGGGGGUGGGGGAGCAGGCGGACCCCCAGUACGAGGGGCUGCGGCAGCGCCUACGCGGUGUGGAGGAUGGCUGGGCCACCUUGGGCAGGGUGGCCGAAGCCCGGCACCGCUUCCUUGCCCAGUGCCGCGACUUCCAAGAGUUCCUCCACAACGCCAAGCAGGCGGAGAUCCUCCUCACCAAUCAGGAGUACACGUUGGCCCAUCUGGAGCUGCCCACCACGCUAGGGGGCUCGGCUGCUGCGCUGCACCGCUUCCAGGGCUUCCGUGCUGGUGUGGAGAGCAGCGCCAAGAAGGUCCCCGAGGUGGUGGCCAGCGGCACCAAGCUGGUGGCCGAGGAGAACAUCUUUGCGGAGAAGAUCGCCGAGAAGUGCCAGGCCCUCCAGGAGCGGCACGGGGCCAUCGCGGCCAAGGUGGAGGAGGCAGCGGGUUUGCUGCAGGACAACCACGAGCUGCAGACCUUCCUGCAGAGCUGCCGGGAGCUUGAUGCCUGGGUGGAGGAGAAGAUGCUGACGGCACAGGAUGCCUCGUAUGGUGAAGCCCGUGGCCUCCAUGGCAAGUGGCAGAAGCACCAGGCGUUCAUGGCUGAGCUGGUGCCCAGCGAGUCCUGGCUGCAGAAGAUCGAGACGGAGGGGAAGGAGCUGGCGAGCUGCAAGCCGCAGCACGGCGAGGUGGUGGCACGGCAGCUGGCUGAGCUGCGGGGGCAGGGGGACAGGCUGCAUGCCCCCGCCGAGGAGAAGGGACGGCAGCUCUUUGAGGCCAACCGCUCGCUGCUGUACGAGCAGAGCUACGGCGAGCUGGAGAGGUGGCUGGGGCAGGCGGAGGAGGAGCUGCGUGCCACCGAGCAGGCCAAGGACCUCACCGCCACCAACCUGCUGCUGAAGAGGCUGACGAGGCUGGAAGAGCAAGUGGGAGCACGGAUGAGGGAGCUGGAGGAGCUAGGGUGGCAGGGGCCCCCCCCUGCCGGGGAUGUGCCGGAUGCCGACGGGCACGAGCAGAGGCUCCGGCGGCGAUUCCGUGACCUGCUGGAGCCGCUGGGGAAGAGGAGGAAGGAGCUGGAGAGCAUCAAGGCCAUGGACCCGUAUUACCUGGAUGCUGGGGAGGCUGAGGCAUGGGUCAGCGAGCAGGAGCUCUUCAUGGGAGCUGAGGAGAAGCCAAAGGACGAGGAAAGUGGCUUGGUGAUGCUGAAGAGACAUGUCCGGCAGCAGCGGUCUAUUGAGGACUACGGCCAAACGGCGGGGAGGGCUCAGCAGCUGCUCUCCGCUGGCCACCCUGAGGGGGAGCAGAUCAUCCGGCUGCAGGGCCAGGUGGACAAGCACUACGCGGGGCUGAAGGAGGCGGCCGAGGAGCGCCGCCGGCGCCUGGAGAACAUGUGCCACCUCUUCCAGCUGAAGCGGGAGGUGGAGGACCUGGAGCAGUGGAUCACUGAGCGCGAUGUGGUCGCCUCCUCCCAGGAGAUGGGGCAGGACCUGGACCACGUCACGCUCCUGCGGGAGAAGUUUCGGGAAUUUGCGCGGGAGACGGGCAGCGUGGGGCAGGAACGUGUGGACCGGGUGAACCUGGCCAUUGAGGACCUUAUUGACGCGGGGCACGCGGAGGCGGCCACCAUGGCUGAGUGGAAGGAUGGGCUGAAUGAGAGCUGGGCCGAUCUCCUGGAGCUGAUUGACACCCGUAUGCAGCUCCUUGCUGCCUCCUACGACCUGCACAAGUACUUCUACGAUGGCACCGAGCUGCUGGCCCUCAUCGCCGCCCGGCGCCAGGAGCUGCCCCAGGACCUGGGUGAAGAUGCUGGCACGGGGGAGGGUUUCCACCGCAUUCACAUUGAGACGCAGGAGAAACCCAGGGACGUCUCCUCGGUGGAGCUGCUCAUGAAGUACCACCAGGACAUCAAGGCUGAGGUGGACGCUCGGAGCAAGAACUUCGCUACCUGCAUUGAGCUGGGUAAAAAGUUGCUGCAGCGCAAGCACCAAGACUCGCCCGAGAUCAAGGCGAAGCUGGUGGAGCUGGAGGAGAAGAAGAAGGCCAUGAUGGAGAUGUGGGAGCAGCGCCGGGACCGGCUGCAGCUGUUGCUCGAGGUCUGCCAGUUCUCCCGGGACGCCUCGAUGGCCGAGUCGUGGCUCAUGGCGCAGGAGCCCUACCUGGCCAGCAGCGACUAUGGGCAGACAGUGGAUGCGGUGGAAAAGCUGCUCAAGCGGCACGAGACUUUUGAGAAGUCCUCAGCCACCUGGGAGGAGCGCAUCGCUGCCCUGAGGAAGCUGACGACGCUGGAGCUCCUGGGCGGGCGGACGCUACGUGAGGGGCUAGCGUGGGAUGGGGUGACACGCACCGAGGCUGCCGAUGACCACCUGGAUCUGGAUGGAGAGCUGGAGGCUGGGUCGGACGAGGAAGAGGAGGAGGAGAAGAGGAAGGACACGAGCACACGGGACACCUCUCCACCCACCACCGACGGACCAGAGCCGGUCAGUUCUCAAGUUUAGCUUUCUCCUUCCCCAGCAACAAAAAAGGUGUCCCCGCAUGUGACCCCGUGACCGUGGCAUGCCGACGGCUCCCCGCACCCCCAGCCCUUGCCUUGUUCCUUGCCUUGAGUUGAAUAAAUGCUAAAUGACCCCCAAAAGGCUGGGCGGGCACGCGGGUGCU